AUGAACGUUAAGCAGGAGGAAAUCGUUAUUGUAGGAGCUGGGACUUUUGGAUUAUCUACAGGCUUAUGGCUCUUGAGAAACGGAUUCAAGAAUGUUACCUUGGUGGAUCCUUAUGAGGUACCUUCAGAGAUCAGUGCAGGUUAUGAUAUAAAUAAGAUAGUGCAAUCUUCAUACCAGGAAGAUCAUUGUUUGACUAAUUCCCUUGCAAUUGAAGCAUUGGAAGGUUGGCAGACUGAUCCAGUGUUCUUUCCUCACUUCCAUGAGACUGGAAUUCUUUAUUCCACUAGCCAAGGAACAGAUAGUUCUGAAUACAAGGAGUUAUUGGAUGUGAAAUCAUAUUGUGAAAAGACUAAUAGAAGAUUCAAAUGUGUAUUAAUGAACAAGUCAGACGAUUUUAAGAAGAUAGUUCCCCAAUUGACUGGACCAUUAAAGAAAUGGAAGGGUUUCUUUCAACCAGCUGAAUGUGGUUGGGCUCAUGCUAGAGACACUUUGGUAUCUGCUGGUAGAGAAAUCUCCAGAUUAGGAGGAAGAUUUGUGGUGGGAGAAGUCAGUGAACUCAUUUAUGGCGAUUCUUCUGUGACCGGGUGUCUUCUCUCCAACGGAGAAAGUAUUCUUGCUGAUAAAAUCAUCAUCAGCGCAGGUGCAUCCUCCGUUAAAUUACUCAAAUUCCAAAACCAGCUUUUGGCCAAAUGUUGGACCGUAGCUCAUAUAAAGCUAUCUAAAGACGAAGCCAAAAAGUUCAAAAAUAUGCCUGUGGUUCUCAACUAUGAACAAGGCUUCUUUUUCGAACCCGAUCCAAUCAAGAAUGAAUUGAAGAUUUGCAACGAGUUUCCGGGGUACACUAAUUACGUAUCCGGAGACGAACCAGAUAAUUCCAUACCCUUAUACAAGUCACAAAUACCUAAGGCAGCAGAACUAGAUAUAAGAAAGCUUCUUAGCGACACUUUACCUGAGUUCAAGGACAGGGAGUUUGUGGAAACGAAGAUCUGUUGGUGUACUGAUACCCCUGAUCGAAACUUCCUUAUAUGCGAGCACCCCGAUUUCAAUUCUUCAUUGAUAUUAGCUACUGGUGAUUCAGGACAUGGUUUCAAACAUAUGCCCAUUAUUGGUAAAUAUAUUGCCAGAUUAGUAACUUACGGUCCUAUUGCUUUAGACGAAGAAAAGAGGAAUAAAUGGAAAUGGAGACCUGAAACUUCGAAAGAUCGUGUGCAAGAUAGAUUUGGAGGGGACGGCCAUGUUGGCGACUUACACGAUAUCUCAAAUUGGGUAUCUAAGGUUUUAUAG